CAAGAACCAGCAGUUUGAGCUCGUGACGGAGUGGAGUGUUGCUGGAGCGCAACACGGCGAGUCCGAGAGGUAGCCGCAGUAACACGAAGGCUUGUAACUCGUUGUAACAUAACGAGGUGUGCCGUUUUGAGGUCUACAUCUGGUUUACCUGUUACCUACGUACUACCAGCAGCAACAGGGACUGAGAACCAGUGCGGACGUGAAAGUGCCGUGUGUCGUGUGUGUUUGCGAGUCUCAUAUCGAAAAACCUCGAGGAGAGCAAGAAGCAGAGUAACCUUUUAGGAUUUUAUCAUCAUCAUCAUUAUUAUAUUUGUGUCUAGUGCUUUUGUUUACAAGAAAAAAUCAACAACGGCAUGAGAUCGAAGCUUGGUAGUGAGGGGCCUUUGGCAUCAUAGAACGGGAUUUGUAAUCGUUUGAAGGGAUCGAGAGAGGAUCGUCUUGCCAGGCUGCGCUCAGGAUGCUGAGGAGCAUCGUCGUCAACCUGGGGCAUUGCCGACUAAAAGCGCGAAUUAUUGCCAGCGUGCGGCGAAUCGCAGCCAGCUGAGAAUGUCAGAGCAAAAUGGGCCCACGGAGGGCCCGGGCUGGUGGCCCCCGGCACAAUCUUGGAAGUUACAGUCGGCCAUGCCAUCACGUACAUCGGAGACCGGAAAGAACGUCUCCGUCACGACAAUUAACGUGCUACCGGCCCACGAGAUGCACGACGGUAAAAGUGUAUGCAAGUAUCUUGGUGGACAGAAUGGCGUGACAGUAUCGGUAGUAUCGAACUGUGGAUCCGGUGUCAUUGAUUCCGGCACCAGCAUCGGAUCCACAGAAUCAACAAACGUUAACGACGUAGAGGACAGCGAUGGGGAAGUGAGUAAAAUUGACUUCCGCGGGGUAAAUUUGCGCACAAAAAAGAAGCACGACAACGACGAAAGUUGUAAUGACAAUUUACAGCAACAACCAGAAAGGCCCAUGUCCUGGGAAGGUGAAUUAUCAGAUCAGGAAAUGUCUUCCAACACCAUCACAAAUCAGGACCUGGAAGAAACAUCAAUGGAAGGAGUUCAAGUUUGUAGUACAAGUCCUGGACCACAGGAACAAAAAUUCCCAAUAAAACCAGAACCUGACUUCCGGUCUAGUCCAGGACUUAUUGGUUUGAAUGACACUGUUCUUCCCUUGUCUCAUGCUCAACAAGCCCAACAGCAUCAACGUUUGGAGAGUCUGGAGCAAACACAACAGAAUGAUCUUCCAUUGCUUGUUGGCAAACUCCUUGGGGGUUACAACAGUUCUACUCCUAAUCAUAGUCCGGUACUGAAUCCCCGACAUCAUCUCACUAAACACAGUCAUACCAGAUCGCAGGUUCCAUCACCUGAUUCUGCGAUUCAUUCAGCUUAUAGUGUGUUCAGUUCGCCAACGCAAAGUCCACAUGCGGCUAGACACUCGGCACUAGGUCCAGGAAGUCCAGUACCUUCAUCAUCACUAUCUCUGUCACGUCACAGUUUCAACAAUUCCACUUCCUCUCUAUCCCUGUCUCUCUCUCACUCUCUCUCGAGAAACAAUUCGGACGCAUCGAGUAGUUGUUACAGUUACGGAUCUCUAAGUCCCCCGACCCAUUCGCCAGUUCAACAAAGACACGCACAUCCACAACAUCAUCACCAGGUCGCGCAAGGUAGUCCCAUGCACCUACCGGCAUCGUCUACAGGUCACUAUUCAACGCCAGGUUCCGAGAUUUCUUCGGAGGGUCACCCAGAAGAUCAAGACGACUGUAGAAUACCCUCCGCACCCACUGGGAUUUCAACUAGACAACAAUUAAUCAACAGUCCUUGUCCUAUUUGUGGCGACAAGAUCAGCGGUUUUCACUACGGCAUCUUCUCCUGUGAGUCCUGUAAGGGCUUCUUUAAACGUACUGUUCAGAAUCGGAAAAAUUACGUCUGCCUAAGGGGUGUCGGUUGUCCUGUAACAGUGGCAACGCGAAAGAAAUGUCCAGCUUGCCGCUUCGAUAAGUGUCUAAACAUGGGUAUGAAAUUGGAAGCAAUAAGGGAAGAUAGAACACGAGGUGGUCGUAGUACCUAUCAAUGCACGUACACACUGCCAGCGAAUCUCAUUGGUAGUCCUGCCGGCGGGAUGUCUGGUGACAAAAUGACGGGCGGAUCCUGUAGUCCAGCACCUCCAGGUUCGGAGCAUCAUCAUCAAAUGCGACAUCACUCGAACCACUCUCACAAAAUGCAGGCAGUGCCUCAAUUGUUACAAGAUAUUAUGGAUGUCGAGCAUCUGUGGCAUUACAACGAUAAUGACAGAGUUGGCAGUCAGAAUAGUACCCCAAGUAGUGGUGAGUCCCUAGUGGGUGGAGGAACAUCAAACGGAGCGAGUGCCACUAAUGGAAACAUAAACAGUGGUGAGUCCGCGAGGCCCAGUUCAACUGGACCGAUAACCAAUAAUCACGAUCAUCAACAAUCAUCAAAUGUCAAUGCCACCGUUACACCCAAUUCAAAUCCUAACGGUAAUCCAACGCAACAUCCCGACUUCUUGUCAAAUCUGUGCAAUAUCGCCGAUCAUAGACUCUACAAAAUUGUCAAAUGGUGUAAAAGUCUGCCAUUAUUCAAAAACAUCUCGAUUGAUGAUCAAAUUUGUUUACUCAUCAAUUCUUGGUGUGAGUUAUUACUCUUUUCUUGCUGCUUUCGAAGUAUGAGUACUCCUGGCGAGAUACGAGUAUCACUAGGAAAAUCAAUCACACUAGAGCAAGCUAGACAACUCGGCUUGGCUACCUGUAUCGAGAGAAUGCUUACUUUCACAAAUAAUCUCAGGCGACUGAGGGUGGAUCAAUACGAAUACGUGGCGAUGAAGGUGAUAGUACUAUUAACAUCGGACACGAGUGAAUUGAAAGAACCAGAAAAAGUGAGAGCAUCACAGGAGAAAGCACUUCAAGCCCUUCAACAAUAUACAAUCUCCAGGUAUCCAGAGAUGCCAGCAAAAUUUGGCGAACUACUACUCAGGAUUCCUGAUUUACAAAGAACGUGCCAAGCGGGAAAGGAAUUGUUAAGCGCAAAGCGUGCCGAGGGUGAGGGUUGUUCGUUUAAUCUUCUCAUGGAGUUGUUACGUGGGGACCAUUGAAACGUCGAAUUAAUCUUAAACGGACAAUAUUUUAAAUGCUAAGCAGGAAAUUCCGAACUGAUAAUCGAAAUAAGAUGUACAGUAGGAGUUCAAGACGAUAGCAGAUUAACAGAUGUGAUAAAAAAAAACCCGAAGGACGACGCUUCGAUUAUUUCUUCCUUCGCGAUUUUCAGAUUCCAUACUUAUGCGCGGCCCAUAAGUCUCCGGGAAUCAGGUUUUAGAUUAUAGGUGAGAAUGAUUUUUUUUUUGUUAGAAACCCUGACCAUAGGGAAACGACUGUUAAAUGCGCGAUUCUGCGAUAAUGUUAAUGUUUUUUUGGUGAGGGGACUACAAAUCUAGAGGACUAUUUUAGAAUAGGCUGAUAGAUGACACUUCGGAUAAUAUAUAUAUACAUAACAUAUAUAUAUUAAAUAAUACAUAUAUAUAUAUAUGUACAAUAUAGAUAUAUAUUUUCUACUGAAAUGCUUCCAUAUGAGGCCUGCAUUCCUGCCUUCAAAAUACAGGAGUUUCAAAAGAGGCCUAUGGUUUUCCUCGUAACGUCCAACGUGCAUCCAAAAUGCACGAUAAAAAAAUAUUUCCUAUGAUUAUACAUAAAUCGCUUAGUUAAAAAUCAUUCUUUAACAUUUAGCAUUAAAUGUUCUUUUUCAUUUUUCUUCUACUGAUUAUUAAACUAAACUUUAUUUUCACCCAUCAUACCUCUAAAAUUAAAAAAAAGAAUUUUAAACAGUUAAAAAUUUCAAAAAAACAGAUUUUUUUCCUGAACCAACCAAUCAUCAAGAAAUAUUUUUUUCCGUGUGCAAAGCGAGAUUGAUUGAGACUGAAUUUUAAACGAAUAUGAGCGCACAUUUUCAUUUUCACUUAUUUAAAAACUGUCAAAAAAGUCAAUAUUUUACACAAGUCAACAAAAUUUGAGAGAAAAGUGAAAUAAUUUCCAUAUUUAAUAAAGUUUUUGACAAAAGAAAAUUUCACUUUCAUCAAAUUUUUAAAAUUCCUAAACUAUGUAAAAAAAAAUAGCUUUUGAUACUUUUUAUACAAAAAGCAAAUAAGACUAGUAUUUUUUGAGAAUUUUAUAUAGAAUUUUUCUUCCUUCUUUUUUGCUAAUUAAAUUUUAACAUUAUUGAUAAUAAAAGAUCGCUUGUAGGCGAGAAUGUACGUCCAUAUAUUAUAUAAAUUUCCGCAAAAAAAAUAGUGUGCUUUUUUUAGUGUGUAAAUGUGUGAGAAAAGAGUAAAAAUGAUAUGAGCAAUUUAUGGGUCACAGAAUGAUUAUUAUUCGUGUCCUAUAGGGAGGACCAAUUAAUUUUUUUUAUAUACGGUUAAACCAGUAUUUUUACAUUAUUUUACAAUUUACUUAAGAUCAAAGCAUAAUCUCUUUCAUUCUGUUUACGAAAAUGUACUUAAAAAAGUCAUUCGAUAGUUUUUGUACUUUUAAUUAUUAUUACUAUAUUAAUUUACUUUGGAGAUAAUCUCAAUUUUUGAUUCACUAUUUUAUAUACACAGACGUGUUUUUACUAUUAAAAAAAAAAACUUUUUAGAAUUUCUAAUCCUAAAAAGGAUCGAUGAGAAUAAUUUUCAGUGCCAAAUGGAUCUUACUGUAGAGUACAACUAUUUUUUUUAACAAUAUUUCAAAAAAGUGUCUAAAGAAAAAUUAUUUUUCUGUGAAAAAAUACAAUUUUUAAAAUUGU